AUGAAGCUCUCUACUUCCCUUGUUACUGCCGUUUAUUCUGCUGUAACGGUCGCGUCAGCUAUUCCGUUCACGAAUGACUACUCUGGGCGGACGAAGAUGAUGUGCAAGCAAACCCCGUCCCAUUCUGAAGGCGCCCUGUACUGGAUCACUAACCACCCCGAAGAGAACUCGGUCAUUGCUGCGACGAUCAACAAGGACGGCAGCCUUAACAUCGAUCGUGCGGUGUCGACCGGUGGCAGGGGCCUGCACGGCAACAACACUGGUCCAGACGGCCUGUACAGCCAGGGCUCUGUAGUCGUUUCUACGGAGGCUAAGUUGUUGGCCACCGUGAAUGCCGGUUCGAACACGCUCUCGCUGUUCACGAUCGAUCCCAAGUCACCCACCAAGCUCACUCCCCUGGGCUACCCCAUCUCCUCCGGAGGCGAGUUCCCCAUAUCAGUCGCUUUCAAUCCGGAUGGCUCUAUGCUUUGCGCUCUCAACGGUGGCUCCGUGGCCGGUGUCAACUGCUACAGCGCCAACACGACCAGCGGGCUCACCCUGAUCCCCGGCACCUUCCGCGCCAUUCGGCUCAACCAGACCUACCCGCCCACCGGACCCCUCGGGACCGCCUCUCAAGUCGCUUUCUCCCCAGACGGUGCGCAGCUCAUCGCCUCUGUCAAGGGCACCCCCGUCGCGGCCCCCGGUUUCCUCGCCACCUGGUCUGUCUCUGGCCGCUCGCUCACCACGGACGCCACCAUGACUGCUCCCCCACCUGGUGGUCUUGCCCCCUUCUCGCUGACGCCCGUCCCCGGGCGAAACGCUAUCCUGUCAGCAGACCCGGCUGUCGGCGUCGCGGUGUUCGACUUGGACAAUGCGAACGCAUCCUCCACGCUCGCCGUCCCGGGCCAGGCCGCGAACUGCUGGAGCGCGUACAGCAACCAAACAGGGAACUACUACCUCGCGGACAUCGGGACCGCGAUUAUCAACGAGGUGCAUGUGGAUGAGAACCUGAAGCCCACGCUCGUGAAGGGAUACCAGCUUGAGACCGGCUCCGGUCCGAUCGAUGAAGACGUCGUCACCGUGAACGGCAAGGACUUCCUCUACGUCCUGACCGCGAAUCAGACCGCGGUCGACGUCCUGGCUCUCAGCGGCGGCGCCGGCAACGCCAAGAAGACCGCCACGCUCUCCUUCGCCGGCGCCGCACGCCAAUACGGCGUUCCCAUCAUCGCGAGCAACCUCCAGGGCAUGGCCCACUUCCUCACGGAGAAAUAG